GAUACCAUGAUGAUGGGUGCUGACUACUAUCAAACGGAUUUUGAAAUUGCAUCUCUGCUGGCAGAAGGAAAGGUUCCAGUUGGUGUUGGAAAGAAUACCAAAAUCAGGAAUUGUAUAAUCGACAAGAAUGUCAAGAUAGGAAAAAAUGUGAUUAUAACAAAUGGUGAUGGUGUUCAAGAAGCAGACAAGCCUAUGGAAGGAUUCUACAUUAGGUCCGGCAUCAUAGUUAUAGUGAAGAAUGCAACAAUUAAAGAUGGAACAGUCAUUUAAAGGAGUUG